CAAACAUGGCGGCGCGUUGUUUGGUUUGUGUCGUUUAUUUUUAUUUACAAAUAUUUGUGUAGUAAAAUAAGAGCGCAGUGCAUGGAAUUAUUUUGUGAGUGAAAUUAAUAUCAGUGCAUAUGGAAGAUUGAAUUUAUUGUUAUUGAAAAAUUAUAAUAAUUAAAAAAAAAUGAGUAAUAUUAAUUAUUUGAAUAAACAAGAAGCUAUUAAAGCUGGUGAAGAUUUAGAAAAUGCUUUGAAAGUUGUUAAUAAUAUUUUUAAAGGUUUUAAAGAAAAUUAUAUAACAGUCCUAGAAAUCUACGAAGAGUUGAAGCUUAAAGUAGAAAAACUCGAAGAAAGAUGUACUUGUAAAAAAAAUCUAAACCCCCCCGAAAGGUCAUUUGUCAGUGACUUCACCAUCGAGUCAGACUCUCCAGGAAUAGUAGAGAACACUCAGCUGGAGAGUCGCUCUAAAAUAAAAUUCAAGACCUUCGACAAGAAGAAAACGAGUUGCUUCAAGGUUAAGAGCCCGGUGAAGAUUCCUAAGAGCCCAGGGAAGAAACCAAAGAGUCCCAAGAAGAAUGUUAAGGAGAACAGAGUGCCUGAGUUGAUUAUCAACCGCACUGUGAGUCAGAAAUCGCAGUCUAGGGUAGGACAAUUGGGCAUCAGCAAAGCUGAUGCUGAAAUAACUUUAACGCCAUCUGGAAAAGUUUCUCGGCAGAGUAAAUUAGUUUUAUCGCAGCCUAAAAGGAAGAUUUUAUUGACUAAUCCUCAAGAAUCUUCUUCUAAAUCUAGUAAUAAUAAUAAUAAUAAUAAUAAUAAUAAUAAUAAUAAUAAUAAUAAUAAUAAUAAUAAUAGUAAAUCAUUAAUCAAUCCAGAUGAUCUCGAUUUUGAUACCACAGUUUUUGAAAUUCCUUUUUCACAAGACGCAGUUCCUGAUAGUUUGCUUAAGGGGAAGAACUUCAACCCUUUUAACAAUAAAUUGACCCCCAAGACUGACAAGAAGACUGACAAGAGAAAGAGCGAGAGCGAAAAAACUCCUAAGAAAGAGAGAAAACUUUCCCAGAGUGACAUUGCGACUUGUAUAACUCAAGACCUAACCGCUACAGAGGCUAACGAGUCUGACUUUUUUUCUUUGGACAACAAUGUCAGCUUCGAGUCUCAGAAUCUGGACUCUAUUGUUGAUCUUAUGCCCGAUGAGACUUUUUGCGAAACUGGAGAAGCUAUGAAGAAUAGCUAUAAAGAGGCUGAUAGUAAGGUUAAGAAUAAAAUGGAUGGUUCCAAUGGCGUCAAAAGGAAAUUUGAGGCUAUCGCUGGGCCAUCUGGUGUUAAGGAUAAUAAGUUUACUAAUGAGGAACUCAAGGAACUGGAGGUGGUUAAUAUCAGUGACUGGGACACUGAUACUUCUUCUGAUAAGUGGCCGAGUACUCCUUUGAAGAAGAAAAAUCCUGUUAGUAGUUUUGAUAGGCUACCUGAAAAGAAGAAAAGUCCAGAGAAACCUUUCAUCGGUGAAUUAAUUAGGAAUAAAGCUGUACGCGCUAAAUUACGCGGUUGGGAUUGUUCUGACUGUGAAAAGUAUUACAAUAAUUUAGGACUGACAGAAAAAGAAAAAGAACAACGCAAAAAUCUCUGCUCCCGUCAUCGAUCGAAAUUUAACCACCGGUACUUUACGCCUCCUGGUUUUUGGGAUCCUGUUUUCCCUGACACAGUUGACUCGAGCCAAGAAAAUUAAUUAAAUAAAUUAUUAUAAAUAAUUGUAAAAAA